GCACAGCAAGUACAACCCCAAUCAAGCAGAUAUACUGUUGUAACCUGAGAAGAUUGAGAAGAGUCUCACUGUGGAGAUGCUGAGAAGAUGUUCUUGGGGAAGCAUAUAGGGUUGUAUUUUGGAUGGACAGUGCUUAUGAUCAUGGUGAAUAAUGGAGUCCAGGCCUGGACAUACCAUUACAGCACAAACAGCAUGGAGUGGGAAAUAGCUCGCCAGUGGUGCAGGCAGCAUCACACUGACAUUGUGGCCAUCCAGAACAAGGAUGAGGUCAGGCACCUGGACCAGAAGUUGCCCUUCCGUAGCUCGUACUACUGGAUUGGCCUUAGAAAAUUGGCUGGCCAGUGGACGUGGGUGGGAACCAUGAAGCCCCUGGCACCCAAGGCAGCCAGCUGGGCUGAAGGAGAACCAAAUGACCAGGGAACCAAUGAGGACUGCGUGGAGAUCUACAUCAAAAGGUCCAAGGAUUCGGGCAUGUGGAAUGAUGACAGAUGCAGCAAAAAGAAAGCAGCGCUUUGUUUCACAGCAUCAUGUUUUGAGUGGUCAUGUAGUGAGCAUGGCGAGUGUGUGGAGAACAUUGGAAACUACACAUGCAAGUGCAAUGCAGGGUUCACGGGACCCCGUUGUGAAGAAGUUGUUGAAUGUCCUCCAAUUACCACUAGAACCAGUGGUUGGAAUAUGACAUGCAGUCAUCCUCUGCGUACAAACAGCUACACCUCUACGUGUGUGUUCAGCUGUGAAGAGGGCUUUGAGCUGAGAGGGUCAAACACAACCCUGUGUGAUCAAACUGGACAGUGGACACACACCACCCCUACCUGCACAGGCUGUCAUUGUUUUAUUCCAGCUGUGACCUGUGAUCCUGUUGUGAGGCCUCAGAAGGGUACCAUGAACUGUACUGAUCCACUGGGAAAGUUCUCGUUCCGUUCAUCGUGUGAUGUGAGCUGUGAGGAAGGAUACAAACUGAGAGGAGAGAACAACCUCACCUGCCUCAAGACUGGAAACUGGUCAGCAGAAACACCAGCAUGUGAAGCUGUGACCUGUGAUCCUGUUGUGAGGCCUCAGAAGGGUACCAUGAACUGUACUGAUCCACUGGGAAAGUUCUCGUUCCGUUCAUCGUGUGAUAUGAGCUGUGAGGAAGGAUACAAACUGAGAGGAGAGAACAACCUCACCUGCCUCAAGACUGGAAACUGGUCAGCAGAAACACCAGCAUGUGAAGUUGUAAGGUGCAGCGCUCUCAAUGCUGUUCCUCAUGGCUCCAUGCAUUGUACGGACUCGUUGGGAAAAUUCGCUUAUGGCUCCGUUUGUGGGUUUGAGUGUGACGUCGGCUUUCUGUUGAUGGGUUCAAACUACACCCACUGUAGCUCACAGGGGAACUGGAGCCACAGUCUUCCAGUGUGUCAAGCGGUACAGUGUUCUCCUCUAUCUGCUCACUUCAGUGACGGGAAAAUGAACUGCACUCAUCCCCUCUCCACCAACAGCUACAAGUCCACCUGUGUGUUUAACUGUGAUGAGGGCUUUCAACUCAUAGGAUCCAAUAAAACUCAGUGUGAUCACACUGGACAGUGGACACCCAAGACCCCCACUUGCAAAGCUGUGACCUGUGAUCCUGUUGUGAGGCCUCAGAAGGGUACCAUGAACUGUACUGAUCCACUGGGAAAGUUCUCGUUCCGUUCAUCGUGUGAUGUGAGCUGUGAGGAAGGAUACAAACUGAGAGGAGAGAACAACCUCACCUGCCUCAAGACUGGAAACUGGUCAGCAGAAACACCAGCAUGUGAAGCUGUGACCUGUGAUCCUGUUGUGAGGCCUCAGAAGGGUACCAUGAACUGUACUGAUCCACUGGGAAAGUUCUCGUUCCGUUCAUCGUGUGAUGUGAGCUGUGAGGAAGGAUACAAACUGAGAGGAGAGAACAACCUCACCUGCCUCAAGACUGGAAACUGGUCAGCAGAAACACCAGCAUGUGAAGUUGUAAGGUGCAGCGCUCUCAAUGCUGUUCCUCAUGGCUCCAUGCAUUGUACGGACUCGUUGGGAAAAUUCGCUUAUGGCUCCGUUUGUGGGUUUGAGUGUGACGUCGGCUUUCUGUUGAUGGGUUCAAACUACACCCACUGUAGCUCACAGGGGAACUGGAGCCACAGUCUUCCAGUGUGUCAAGCUGUGACCUGUGAUCCUGUUGUGAGGCCUCAGAAGGGUACCAUGAACUGUACUGAUCCACUGGGAAAGUUCUCGUUCCGUUCAUCGUGUGAUAUGAGCUGUGAGGAAGGAUACAAACUGAGAGGAGAGAACAACCUCACCUGCCUCAAGACUGGAAACUGGUCAGCAGAAACACCAGCAUGUGAAGUUGUAAGGUGCAGCGCUCUCAAUGCUGUUCCUCAUGGCUCCAUGCAUUGUACGGACUCGUUGGGAAAAUUCGCUUAUGGCUCCGUUUGUGGGUUUGAGUGUGACGUCGGCUUUCUGUUGAUGGGUUCAAACUACACCCACUGUAGCUCACAGGGGAACUGGAGCCACAGUCUUCCAGUGUGUCAAGCGGUACAGUGUUCUCCUCUAUCUGCUCACUUCAGUGACGGGAAAAUGAACUGCACUCAUCCCCUCUCCACCAACAGCUACAAGUCCACCUGUGUGUUUAACUGUGAUGAGGGCUUUCAACUCAUAGGAUCCAAUAAAACUCAGUGUGAUCACACUGGACAGUGGACACCCAAGACCCCCACUUGCAAAGCUGUGACCUGUGAUCCUGUUGUGAGGCCUCAGAAGGGUACCAUGAACUGUACUGAUCCACUGGGAAAGUUCUCGUUCCGUUCAUCGUGUGAUGUGAGCUGUGAGGAAGGAUACAAACUGAGAGGAGAGAACAACCUCACCUGCCUCAAGACUGGAAACUGGUCAGCAGAAACACCAGCAUGUGAAGCGGUACAGUGUUCUCCUCUAUCUGCUCACUUCAGUGACGGGAAAAUGAACUGCACUCAUCCCCUCUCCACCAACAGCUACAAGUCCACCUGUGUGUUUAACUGUGAUGAGGGCUUUCAACUCAUAGGAUCCAAUAAAACUCAGUGUGAUCACACUGGACAGUGGACACCCAAGACCCCCACUUGCAAAGUGGAGGGCAUGACAGUAGGCACUGGCUUUCUUGUCUAUGGUGCAGUUGGCGCAGCAUCAGCACUUGGCCUGCUGCUGAUGGGGGGAUUGGUCAUGCUGAUGGUGCGGCAGUUCAGCAAGGAUAAGUUCACUCCGGAUUACUCAGCCUGGGAUGGAGCUCUAAAUCCAGCAUUUGAAGGCCUUUAACCAUUUUAAGGAAAGCAUGCAGUUCUUUAUUAUGUACUAGGACAAAACAUAAUUUUUUGUAAUAAUGAUUAGAUAAAUUGAUGGACUGUCUUAUGUGCAUCUGAAAUAUGACUAAAGGGCAAUAUUUUCAUCAGAGGUUUUGAUUUUAUAAAUAAAGUCAUCCAUGAAA